GCCGAUGGGAAAUGUAGUCCGAGGGUCCUGCGCCGUCGUCUGGCUCGCAGGAUAACUGUCCGACGCGUCGUCAAGCUUCCCGGCUUCGCAGAGAGACACGAUUGUCAAUUGUCGUAAGGCCUGUCUGCCACUCUUCGGAUCAUUUGGUUUGAAAUCUCUUAGUGGAACUAGGAUUUUGCUUUUUGGCAUCGAAGCAACUAUCAAACGGCCUCUUAUCCGGCCUUAAAGCAGAGAAUUGCAAGUAUAAAGGGUCUUCAACAAACAUUUUUCAGUAUCUUCCAUGUGCAAAGCUCCCUUUGUCUCAAGAAAAGGUGUUCCACUCCCGAUCCCAGAACUGACGGUGUCCCUGUCUCGCGGGCGUGAAGUGCCAGCGGAUCCACUCUGGGGUUCAUGGCGGCGCCGGUCCGCCUGGGCCGGAAACGCCCGCUGCCGGUUUGCCCCAACCCGCUCUUUGUGCGCUGGCUGACCGAGUGGAGGGACGCGGCAGCCAGCAGGGGGCGCCGCACGCGCUUCGUGUUUCAGAAGGCACUGCGCUCCCUCCGGCGGUACCCGCUGCCCCUGCGCAGCGGGAAGGAAGCUAAGAUCCUCCAGCACUUCGGAGACCGGCUCUGCCGAAUGCUGGACGAGCGAUUACAGCAGCACGGAGCAUCGGGUGGUGACCGUGCUCCUGGCUCACCACCUGGAGAGAAGAGCCCAGCCCAGGAAAGGUCAUCUGCCCAAAUCCAGGACUCUUCCGUGCCAGUUCCUGCCCAGCCCCAAGCAGGAGGCUAUUGGCCGGCUCGAAACUCAGGAGCCCGAGUAGUCCUGCUGCAGCUCUACUGGGAGCACCUGGAUUCUGAUGGCCACAGCUUCCUAACCAAGGAGGAGCUGCUACAGAGGUGUGCCCAGAAGGACCCCAGGAUAGCCUCUCGGAGUUCUCGACCCUGGCCAGCCCUUCGUUCUCUCCUGCAGAGGAACCUGGUCCUCAGGACACACCAGCCAGCCAGGUACUCACUGACCCCAGAGGGCCUGGAACUGGCCCAGAAGUUGGCUGAGUCAGAACGCCUGAGCUUGCUGAAUGUGGGCACUGGGCCCAAGAAGCCCCCUGUGGAGGAGCCAGCACUGCCAGGAGCAGCCUUGGCUGAGCUUGGCGCCAGUGAAGCGGGUGUCCAGCAGCCACAGCUGAAGCUGGGGCCUGCAGAGUACAGGGUGCUGUUGUGUGUGGACGUUGGAGAGACCAGGGGGGUGGGACACAGGCCAGAGCUGCUCCGAGAGCUGCAGCGGCUCCACGUGAACCACAUGGUGCGCAAGCUACACAUUGGGGACUUUGUGUGGGUGGCACAGGAGACCAGGCCCAAAGAUCCAGCAAGACCUGCAGAGUUAGUGCUGGACUACAUUGUGGAGCGCAAGCGGCUGGACGACCUGUGUAGCAGCAUCAUCGAUGGCCGCUUCCGGGAACAGAAGUUCCGACUGAAGCGCUGUGGCCUGGGGCACCGGGUGUACCUGGUGGAAGAGCACGGCUCAGUCCACAACCUCAGCCUCCCCGAGAGCACACUGCUGCAGGCUGUCACCAACACCCAGGUCAUCGAUGGGUUCUUUGUGAAGCGCACAGCAGACAUUAAGGAAUCGGCAGCCUACCUGGCCCUUCUGACACGGGGCCUGGAGAGCCUUUACCAGGGCCACACCCUACGCAGCCGCCCCUGGGGAACCCCAGGGGAUCCUGAAUCGGAAACCAGGCCCUCCCCAAACCCUCUCUGCUCGCUCUUCACCUUCGGUGACUUCAACUCUGGAGCCAUCAAGAACAAGGCCCAGUCUGUGCGAGAGGUGUUUGCCCGGCAGCUGAUGCAGGUGGGCGGAGUGAGUGGGGAGAAGGCGGCAGCCCUGGUGGAUCGAUACAGCACCCCUGCCAGCCUCCUGGCCGCUUAUGACGCCUGUGCCACCCCCAAGGAGCAGGAGAUGUUGCUGAGCACCAUCAAGUGUGGGCGUCUGCAGAGGAAUCUGGGGCCAGCUCUAAGCAAGACCUUGUCCCAGCUCUACUGCAGCUACGGCCCCCUGACCUGAGCUAUGCUACGAAACAGAUCCCAGCCCCCUAAACCUCCCCACCCAGGCUAGCCAGCCUCUUAACUAGGACUUUUUUGGGGGACCACAAUAAAAAUUUAAAUGUU